CCUUAUUUAUGAAAACAGCUGUCAACGUAAUUAUAUGAAAAACCGUUAAAAAUAUUAUAAUAUUCUUAGAGAAUAUAAUUUCUUCAAAACUGUUGCUGUUAAAUGUGUGGAACCGCUUAUUGAAGUUUUAAUUUCCUUGUGCAAGUGCAACGUACAACCUCCUUAUGAGAUCCAACCAGGUAGACACAGCAGGGAUUUCUUACACACUAAGUAUAUAGAUUUUACACAUUAAAUAGAAAACCCUCUCACCACUUCCACAAUCGAUUAAUACAACAGCUUCUACUACAAAACAAACAGAAUUACAGAAUGCAGAAUGCCUUCUUUGAAGAAUAAAGCAGAAAACAGGCUUGACAUAUGCGUAACAUACAUCAAAGAAUCUAAGAGCAGUAAAAGUAAAGGGCUCUCAACUGAAAGGAAUUACAUAACAGGCUGCAACUUUUCCUUAUUCCUUCUUGGACUCUUGAAGCUGCAUUGGAACAGCAUCCUUGAAGGAAGAGUGCGGUUUCCUGGUUGUGGCUUUAACGGUACAUGUCACCAAAUAAAAGCCACCCUUACAGUGGACCAAUUAGAGCACCGUCUUUACAGGGACACUUCGGGGAAUGAUACAUCUUCCAGUCCAGCUAUGGAACAAGAACCACCCCAAUUCAAGGAUCAUCUUUAUAAGGAUACUUUAAGGAAUGGAACAUCUUCCAAUCCAGUCAUUGAACAAAAACCACCCCUGCAAUAGGUCAAUUCAAGGAUCGUCAUUAUAAGGACACUUUGAAGAAUGGCACAUCUUCCAUCCCAAUUAUCAUACAAGGAGCACCCCUACAAUGGACCAAUUCGAUGAUCGUCUUUAUAGGGACAUUUCGAGGAAUGGUACAUCCUUCAGUCCAGCCACCUAACAGGGACCACAUCAGCAAUUCCAGCCACUUCCAGGAUCGUCGGGGUGCGCUUCAACAGGGGUAGGCUUAUUUUUUUGUACUU